AUGGCAUCUCUCGAACAAGAUCUUUCCAACGUUCACAUCUCCAAGAAGGACGAUGCAGAACAAGUGGUGACUCCAUGGGAAGUUGGUGGAGCAGUUGUUGAUGGUAAGGAAUUGGAAAUUGAUUAUGAUAAAUUGGUGAAACAAUUUGGUACCAAAGCCAUUAAUGAGGAUACUUUGGCCCGUUUCAGAGCCGUAACUGGAUCUGAGCCUCAUCCAUUCCUUAAAAGAGGUGUUUUUUUCAGUGAAAGAGAUUUGACCAAGAUCCUUGACAUGUAUGAACAUGGAGAACCCUUCUUCUUAUAUACUGGAAGAGGUCCACUGAGUGAUUCUAUGCAUUUAGGUCAUAUGAUCCCCUUUAUUUUCACCAAAUGGUUACAAGAAGUUUUUGACGUUCCAUUGGUUGUUGAAUUAACUGACGAUGAAAAGUUUCUUUUCAAACCCAAAUUGACCAUCAAUGACGUUAAAAAGUUUGCUAAAGAUAAUUGUAAAGAUAUCAUUGCUGUUGGGUUCAAUCCAGAAAAUACCUUUAUCUUUUCCGAUUUAGAAUAUAUGGGAGGUGCAUUAUAUGAGAAUGUGGUUCGUAUUUCAAGGCAAAUCACUACUUCAACUGCUAAGGCAGUUUUUGGAUUCCAAGACCUGGAUUGUAUUGGUAAAAUCCAUUUUGCCCUGAUUCAAAUUGCAACUGCUUUCCCAUCUUCAUUCCCAGAUGUUUUAGGAUUACCUGAAAAGACUCCAUGUUUAAUUCCUUGUGCUAUUGAUCAAGACCCAUACUUUAGAGUCUGUAGAGAUGUUGCAGAUAAGUUGAAGUUUAGUAAACCUGCUUUGAUCCAUGCUAAGUUCUUCCCUGCAUUGCAAGGUGCUACCACUAAGAUGUCUGCAUCAGAUGCCACCACUACUAUUUUCAUGGGUGAUACUCCCAAACAAAUUCAAAAGAAAAUCAACAAAUAUGCCUUUUCUGGUGGUAGAACUUCAGUUGAAGAACAUAGAAAGUAUGGUGGUAAUCCAGAUGUGGAUGUUGCUUAUCAAUACUUAUCGUUCUUCUCUGAAGAUGACGAGAAGUUGGCUAACUUAGCUGAAUCUUACAGGAAGGGGGACUUAUUAUCUGGAGAGUUGAAGAAGGAAUGUAUUGAAGUUUUACAAGAGUUUGUAUCUGCAUAUCAAACCAGAAGAGCUGCCGUUACUGAUGAAGUUGUUGAUAAGUUUAUGAAACCUCAUAAAUUGGUCUGGGGUAAGAAGGAAAGAUUGGUAGCUCCAAAGGAAAGACCAACAAAGAAGAAGCAAUAG